AUGAGCAAUCCAGAGAAAAUGAAAGUUGAUGAUACCGCAACCGAGGAAGAGAAAGAAAACUCCGAUGAGCAACGUAACGAUGAAGAAUUCGAUAUGAGAGAAAUCGUUCUCGGCCUUCCUGCUUUACGUAUUAGCAGCGAAGCAUUUGGUGUCAGUGUCGUCGGAAAGGAAGAAGAAGCGCGUUUGAAUGAGCAGGCGGUUGUUGCGGCGCAGUUAGUUAUGGCUGCGGCAGAUGAAGCGGUUAUGAAAGAGAGGAGUGAUGGUAAGAAGAAGGUAGUGAGAAGGCCGAGGAAAAAGUUGAACUUCAACGACGAAGCGGGUGGUUCCGGUCCGAAUGUAGGAGUCGAUGUUAAGAAGCCGAAGAAAAAAGCUUCGGUAUUGACUAAUCCACCGAGAGGACCACCAAUCUGUCACAUCUGCGGAAGAAGAUUUGGCUCGUGGAAAGGUGUUUUUGGACACAUGAGGUGUCACAAGGAUAGGAACUAUCAAGGGUUUCUUCCUCCUCCUAAAUUCUCUCCGGUGCGCCGAGGUUUUACCAUUCCUGGACCUAACUCCUCAUUCGUUCUGUUUUCUGCCGGUGGAGGCAGCUCUGUUGGCUUUAUAGCCGGCGGUGCUGGCAGUGCCGGUGGUGCAUCGGGUGGGGCACCGGGUGGGGAUGGGGGUAGAGGGUUAGAGAUCGAUCUUAACGUUGAUCCUGUGGAGGAAGAUGAGGAUGAGGUGAUCGAAGCUGGAGGAGGAGUUGCAAAGUUUGAUCUGAAUAAGCCACCACCGGAAGAUGAUGAGGAAGCUGAUAAAGCCAAAUAA